UAAGAAGUUGUUCCCACACACAAGGAAGUACCAGAGCUCACCCGCACUGGAACUGCACGUAAGGUACGCUCAAUAUUUAAGAGAUUGUCGUGUCGUUUCUCUCGAUAUUACUGUUGCAAAUAGCUUCUUAAACCCAAGGAAUCAUUCAAUUAUUGUGCUUUUCAGCCAAUAGGCAUAAUGAUAACUCAUGUGGACACCACAUUAAGUGCGUGAACAUUUAAUUCAAAAUCGACCUCAAAAGUAUCAUACGUUUGGGUAUGCUACAGUCAGAUGGAUUCGCCGGAGCAAAAGAUAACGAAAACUGUGUCCAGAGUGGACGCGAGUAAAGAAAGCAUGGCGAACAGCCGCCAGGUCAUCGGAAUAAACUUCUGUGGGCCCACGCCUCUGAUGUGGCGUGCGGACGAUUUGAAAUCGGUCCGUGAACUGGGAAUCAUAGGGACCCUGGUGGGGUCUCUGGCCCGACAGCCUAGGCAGAACACCCGGCUGGGGAGACCCCUCGAGCUGCUGCCGGAGGAGGGGCGACUGCUGGCGGACAUGGGGAGAGCUGCAGUUAUUCCUGACUCGACAAAUGAGGAUCCCGAGGUGAAUCCAGAGCAAGUGGAGCAGUAUCAUGCAGGACUGGAGAACAGCUUUCAGGAACAAGGUGCCUUGGCCUUGGAGGACAGGAAGGCAACAUUAAUGAGAGUUAUGACUAAGAAACAUAACGAGAAUUCUGGAAGCCAGGAGGAUUCGGACGGUGCGGUGAGAGACCGUCUCGAAGCUCUGGCCCACGGCUUCUCAUUCCCUCGCACGGCCAUGGCGGUACAACUGUGCACAGCCCGAGCAGGACUCUCUCACUGUCCCGAGGUGCGCCGUUUCCUGGCCGCAGACUGGCCCAUACCACGGGACGAGAGGUCCGAGACCCGGUUCCGAGUGUUCAGGGACCUGAGACGCCAGGGCUUUUACCUCACCUCGGCCGGGAAGUUUGGGGGAGACUACCUGGUGUACCCAGGUGACCCCCUCCGUUUCCACGCCUAUUUCAUUGUCGUGUGCAUCUCCAUGGACGAAUCGAUGCCCCUGUGUGACGUUCUGGCCAUUGCCAGGCUAGGGUCCAAUGUGAAGAAGACUGUCCUCCUGUGUUCGUCAGGGGGAAGCCAGGAAGAUGACGGGGAGGAGGUGGUGUACACAUCACUACAGUGGAGUGGAAUGGUGUAGGAUCACAGUUGGAGACUAUGUGGAAGCACGAUGGCAACAUCUCUCAUCUAGCCAGAGGCUACACAUCACUACAGUGUAGUGGAAUGUUGUAGGCAGCACCACAGUGGGACACCAAAUAUGGCGAUAUCUUUCAGCUAGCCGGAAGUUGUCAUAAUGCUUAUAUCUUUCAAAUUCAUUCAACACAACAGGAGUGCCAAGGGUGUAGAGUUUAGGGUCAUUUGUAAUUUCAGCCACUGAACAGGAGGUGGAACGGUUACAGACCGCAGGGGUGUAUUCGCUAGGAAGCAAACGGGGCGGAAUUUAUCUGAAUUUGUCCAAUAAGAAACUUGUUUUCGUUGCAAAACAUUUAGCUAGUGUCUACUAAUGAAUGCACCCCUAGUGCGUUGCUCUCCAGUCCAAUGGGGAGGCUACUAUUAUUGUACCACAAUUAGCAGCAGUACAGUAGGAGUUUGUGAAUAAGAGUGUAUGAUUUUGGUAAGGUAGCAGGGUUUUUUAUCAUAGAUGAAAUGUUGAUAAUACUACCAACGGUCAUGGCUUGGCUUGAGUGGGGUGGGCGUUUCCUUGGAAAAAUAUUUACUUUGAAGUGUGUGUGUGUGUGUAUUGUGACAAUUGUUGAAAAUAUAAUUGAAGACACUUCACUUUUGUGUAAACAUUGUUUGAGUGCCAAUAUGUGUUCAGAAAGACCUGACAUCAGAGAGUUACCACCACAGAAGAAAAGGAAAGCACUUGCAUUAGGAAAUGCAAUUGAAAACAUUUUGCGGUGGAAAACAAAAAUGAGUGUUUCUUCAUGAACACUCCAGGUAGUCCCUCCCAGUUUCAGUUCGGUUUACUUUUUGGUGCUUAAUGAACAUGACCUUGGACUGCCCCACAUAAAACUGUCGGCUUCUUGGAGAAUGGUGAACGGUGUGACAAAGCAUGUAUAUCUACUGUACAUAACACCAAAUAGAUAUGACCAAACAUCCACAUUAGAACAAUAGGACGUAAUGUGAUCAGAGAAUGGGGACCGGUUGUCCCAAUUCAACCAGAAAUGCUCUCCACGUUUUGCUGUUGGCUUGUAUUCAAAAUUGAUUAAAUAUAUUUUUCUCACCCAUCUAUAAACAAUACCCCAUAAUGACAAAGUGAAAAUAUGUUUUGGACAUUUAUUGAACAU